AUGAACUUUUCAUCCCCUGCAGUGCCAUUGAACGAUGUGGCAUCUGGUCUCACUCAACUCGGCCAUGAGCUGAUAAAAGCAACAUCGGUCCUUCUCAUCCCCACGGAGCUUCUCUACUUCUCGAUAUAUUUCCAUGUCAAAGGAGUCUACAAACUUUAUAAAGUUCUGACGUUUAUGUCGAUUGCAGCAUUUUGGUUAUCCCCACUUGUUGCACCAAUAUCAUGUGGCCCUGCAAGAUGCCUCCAGAACUUUGCCAUUGCUAUUGGGACAAUGAAGCUUCUGGAUAUCUGGGUACGCCGCCAUUCUCUCCCUACCUACUCCGCGGGAAGGCGGCCACCGGACUGGCUAUACGCUCUCAUUGCAAUGACAGAGCUCAGAUAUGAGAGUUUCACACCAAAUAAUGUUCGUGUUUCAAUAGACCACGAAAAUUUCAGCGAACCCUUGCAGUUAGGUAUCCAUAUUGCAGCUUUUGUUUUGCUGCAGGCUUUACCUCAGAAUUUACCUACCAUUUUGGCGUUCGAGGUGCUAUUAUCCAUUUAUAUUAUAUGGACAGGUCUACAGCUAUUACUUCGAUAUAAGAGUAGCCCAGCGCUGUUUGGCCCGUUAUAUUUGACCGAUAGUCUGACAGGCUUCUGGUCUGAAACAUGGCAUAAUGCGUUUGCUUCUCCAUGUACAUCACUGGCAUAUCAGCCGCUGCGACAUGGUCUCGCCAGAUGCGGCGUUCCAGUCGUAAUAGCACGCGCCCUGGGGGUCAUCGGGGCUUUUAGUUUAAUGGGGCUAUUUCACGCCUAUGCUCUAAGCCCCAUUCUCACUCAUAAAGCGCUCUUCCGAAUUGGAGUAUUCUUCCUCCUCAACGGAGUCGGCACCGUCGUAGAAGCUAUGAUUUGGGGCCGAAAGAGACACUGGGUGAAAGCCACCCUCGCGUGGAUUUUUGAGACUGCUCUUGCGAGUUGGACGGCGAGUGGAAUGAAUAUUCCCAGCGGGGUGUCAAAGGUACCUUGGAAGCAGGUGUGCAACAUAUCGGGCCUUUGA